CAUUUAAAAUUGUGUAAACAGUGUGUGUGUUUGUGUGAAUUACAACAUUUCAUUCAUUGUAGAAUUGGAAGUCAUUGGUGAUCAUAAUGAAAGUAUUGGAAUUGUACAGCGGAAUCGGUGGAAUGCAUUUGGCGUUGCAAGCCAGUAAAUUGCCCGGAGAAGUGAUUGCCUCAGUCGAUAUAAACACAGUGGCAAAUCAUGUGUACGGAUACAAUUUCCCUGAAACGAAUCUCCUGAACAGAAACAUUCAGAGCCUAACACCGAAGUUCAUAAACAGUCUCGAAGUGGACACAAUCCUGAUGUCUCCACCAUGCCAACCGUUCACUAGGAACGGAUUGCAGAAAGAUGUCGACGAUGCGAGGACGUGUUCUUUCACGCACAUCCUGCAAAUCUUACCCGAGCUUAAAGUUAAGAGUAUCCUUAUUGAGAAUGUCAAGGGGUUUGAGUGCUCGGAGAUGAGAGAACGACUGAUUGAAGCAUUGCAGGCAGCUGGAUUCAAUUACCAGGAGUUCAUGUUGUCACCCACGCAGUUCGGUAUCCCCAAUACGAGGCACAGGUAUUACUGUUUGGCCUCAAGGUGCCCCGAUAAAUUCACUUGUGGACCUAUGAUGGAAUUAUUUAAAUACGAAAGUUUUCCCAAACCAUUUGAGAUUGUGGAUGUGUUGGAGAAUGGAGAUGUUGUUGAGGAGUAUCGAUUGAGUGAGAAAGUGCUGAAUAAACGAGGCAACAUAUUGGAUAUCUGCUAUGGACAUUCCACAAGAUCAUGCUGCUUCACCAAGGCUUAUGGGAGGUAUAUAGAAGGAACUGGUUCAGUUUAUUGUCCAAAGAGUGAGGCGGAAACCGCUGAAGUUUACAAUGCAGAAUCGAAAGACUUGUUGAGUUUGAAGAUGCGGUUCUUUACACCGCGUGAAGUGUGCAGGCUGAUGGCCUUCCCGGAGACUUUUGCGUUUCCAGCGUCCACCACCAAAAAGCAAAUGUUCAAUCUGCUCGGCAACAGCGUUAACGUUAAGGUCGUCUCGGAGUUAAUAAAAGUGUUGAUAUAA